UUUAAUUUAAAUUAUCAGAUUUAAAACACAGUCAUUAAAACUUGGACCAACAAAUCGACAAGUGGGUAUAUAUAUAUAUUUCCUACAGGAUGUCUGCCGAAAUUGAGGAGAUAUUGAAACGCUACCAGAGUUAUCCCAAUGUGGUUGGCAUUAUAAUUUUGGAUCCCUUUGCCAUUCCCAUUAAGACGACCAUGGACUAUACAUUGACGGUGCACUACGCCGCCGUGGUCAACACCUUGGCAGCCAAGGCGGCCAAGAUGGUGUCCAGCCUGGACGCGAAUAACGAGUUGAUGAACAUACGCUUGCGCACCAAACAGCACGAGGUCAUAAUAGUGCCGUCGGAGAACUACAUCAUUGUUGUGGUUCAGAAGCCAGGCGACUGAUAUGCCAACGAAAAAAAAUUCGAACAUCCAAUAAAUAUUCGUUUGUAUUUGGGGCCCCUA